GCGGACAAGUCAACAAACACCAGCGAGAAGCCCAAACAAAAAACAAAUCAAAUCAAUAUGAAAUUCCUCAUCUGUUUGGCUCUGUGCAUCGCCAGCGCCCAGGCUGGCUUACUGGCCGCACCCGUGACCAGAUAUGCGGCCGUGGCUCCCAUCGCCACCUACUCGGCUGUGGCUCCCAUUGCCACCUACUCGGCUGUGGCGCCCAUUCGAUUCUCCACCUAUGCUGCCGUCGCGCCUCUCUACAGGACACCUGUGACCACCUACGGCGUCGCACCUGCCGCAGUCUAUGCCAGUCCGCUCUGGAAAAAGUAGUCACUGCUUGAUGGUAAUAUACGGCCUGAUCCUUGGAUUACUUGAGAAAUA